AUGACUCUCGAGGGAAAAUCCACUGCGAACAGUGCGGCGUCCACUACGCACGCUGCACCUUCCGAGGUAACGGAGCAAGGUAAGCAAGACGCUCGCGAUCGGGGCUUCCGACUUGUCGGACAAAUUGUGCUGACUAACUGAUCGCUUUUCGACGACCUCUAUACGAAUCCAGAGCUUCAGUCCAAGCUCUUUCGGCUGGCCAUCCUCUUGGCCACCGCGCUCUCUACGAUCGACGAAGCGACACCUCCAGCUACAUUGCCGUCAGGCUCGAAGUUGCCAUCGUCGGAGAGCUUCGUAAAGCUAUCCGAGCAACUGCACAACGAUCUGGUGCAGCUAUUCAAUCUGGCACAAAAAACCGCGACGAACUUGACUCUUGCACUCAAGCCUAGUAGGAAUGCCCUAGCCGCAGCAUCCGCUUCGAGCGGGUCUAGCGUCAGUCCCAUUGGAGGACUUGAUGCUGCAAGCCUGACGGCAGCUUCUGCUCAGCUCGACGCGUUCUCGUCGGAGGUGUUGCCCAAACUCGCCUUCUUGGCACGCAAAGCAGCGGGUGAAGCUCAGAUCUUUGUGCGUGCCGCACCUAGAGAGCUCUCGCAAGCAGAGAAGGAUGAAAGGACACGAUUGGAGAAGGAAGUGACUGCCAUUGGGGGCAGAAUCGUGGAUCCAUCCGAAGCUACACCGCCAGCAAAGGUGCCAGGUCUCGGACUGGGACUCAAUCUCACAAAGGCGAUUAGGCAUCACGUGAGAGACGUGAUGGAGAAUGUAGCGGGCCUCUGCACUUCGUUGAUGGAUGCCAACACCCUAAAAGUCGUCCACCAAGCCGCAGCUGCCCGGGCACGAGCCGACGGUGUGCGAAACGGACCAAUUGCUACUCAGUCACUGCCACUCAAUGCGAUGGAGGGUCGAAAGAAGGCGCUGGAAGCAACCGCAAAAGUGUGGGCUGCAUGCGACCAAGCGACGAAGGAGCUGCCAACAUUUAACAAGGAAGUAGUACUGAAGAAAUGGAAGGAGAGGGAGGAGGUAAUGGAGGAUGGGUGGAACGAGCUGAGGGAAGGGGCAGGUGUGGACGAUGCACAGCCUGAACGAGAUCGAGAAAGCGCGUCAAUCCGGCAGCCAGGCCGCGGUCACACCACAAGUUCCAGCAGGACGAAUGCUGUCGAUCUGGAACUGGAUGAGUCGGAUCCAUUCGCCGCGCUGCAGAACAUGAAGCUGGACGAUGACGAAGCAGCAAAAGCCGCCCGCUUCGUUCCUCUCAUCAAGCUGGGGCGCUUCCUGCAUGGAACGCUGGGUCGUCUACUCAAAUCUACCUUCUCGAGGCAGCAGGAUCAAAGUGUUCUCGAUUAUGAUGAGCUCCACGUCCUCGGGGAGCGAAUGUUGGAAGCGCAGGACGAUCUGGUGGCUGCACUGUUGUAUGGCGAGCAAGAGCUGGGCAAUGUGCUCGAUUUAGAGGAAGAAGAUGAACAGGAAGCUGAAGAGGAAGCAAUAGAAGACGGCGAGGCUAGCGGCACCGAGGGCGAAGACAGUGACAAGGAGCAAGCGACAACACUUUCAGGUGCGGUCAACAUUUACGUCAAGAUCGCCCUGCAGCUCGUACAUGAGAGCGGUGUCGAUGCUUUGCUAGAACAUGCAAAGUCGGCAGCACUCGCAUCGAAAGCUUGCCCGGAUUCGCACCAAACAGCUGUCAAAAACGUGCGGAUAUGUGUAGAGGAGAUGAGCAAGCUGGGAAAGAGUCUGGCUGAGCAGAGCGAUGCGGAUGGUUGA